UAUUUCCCCUUUCCUCUGAAAAACCCUCAAAACCCUAGUGAGCGAGUGAGAAAGAGAGAGAGAGAGCGAGAGAGAGAGAGAGAGAGAGAUGGGAUGGAAGGCGGCCCAGAAGCUGAUACCCAAAUGGAAGAUCCUUCGUGGUGACAACGUUAUGAUCAUCAGAGGAAAGGACAAGGGAGAGACAGGCCUCAUCAAGCGUGUAAUCAGAUCUCAGAACCGCGUCAUCGUUGAGGGCAAGAAUCUGGUUAAGAAGCACAUCAAGCAAGGGCAGGGACAUGAAGGUGGGAUCUUUUCUGUGGAAGCCCCUCUCCAUGUCUCCAACGUUCAAGUUCUCAACCCGGUUACUGGGAGACCUUGUAAAAUAGGAUACCGAUAUUUGGAAGAUGGGGCCAAAGUUAGAGUCUCUCGAGGGCAGGAAGCAUCUGGAUCCAUAAUCCCCCGACCGGAAAUAUUAUCACAGAGGAGAAAGCUGAGACCUACCAUACUUGGCCCUAAAGACACUCCUAUGGAUGUUGUGCUCGAAAAAACAUACGACGCCAAAGCUGGACUGGGAAUGCCUGAUCUUUAGACAAUUGUAUCUCACAACAAAGACCAUUGCAUCUCACGGGACCUAUUAACAAUUUGCAGAGCAACUUCUCUAGUUUCAUCCUGAUAUCUGCAUUUGUUGUUAAUGAAGAUUUGAACUGAACUUCAAUUUUAGCCAAUUAUGUGACCAUUUUGGUGAUAUGGAGGUGAAACUGAGCAUGUAAUCUUUUGAUGGAAAUUGCUGGAAAAUGUUUCAAGAAUAAGGAGAUAAUUGUUACGAUAGUUGGAUUAUCCAUAUAAAAAACUUAUAUUUGUUGUUUUG